UCAAAGUCUAGCAAGUUUGGCAACAGCGAUCAAAUAAAGAUUCGCAUUGAGUUAAGAAAAUGAGUAAUAAAAAUUUUAGUCCUGACACGAUUGACUGUUACAAAUCCAGCGCAUUUGAGUUUGCCAGCAACAGCCAUGCAAGCAUGCUGACUGUGCGUGUGCUGGCAUGCGAGUGCGCCUCUUUAUCAGAGUGUGUCAAGAAGUUUACUUCGCUCUCGUGUGUACAUUUUGCCAUCUCAGUAGGUUGUGUGAAAAUGCUCGGGAAAUCUCAUAAUUCGUUGUGAAAACACUCGCGCCUAGUCAAUUGCAUCCCAGUGAAUCUUUCCAGUUGCAGGACGAGCUUCGAAAGUCCUUCCGCACUUUGCCAUCCACACUCGCAGAUUACAAGCCCCGCUGGUGAGGAUGCAGAGCAUGACGUUCUGGUGGGACGCGUCGCUGGGCGAGUUUCUGUUCUCAGGAUGGAGUGUCGUGUCCACGGGCGCCUUCGUGGGCGUCUGUCUGCUGCUCGUGUGCCUGGCCGUGUUCUACGAGGUGCUGAAGGUGCACCACAUCUUCAUCCGCCUGCAGAGCCUCCGCCGAAGUCAGGCGCAGCAGCCGCGCGCCCAGUGCGCUCCGCCGUCUGGCGAGUCCGACACUCUGCUCACGGAUCCGCCGCCCACCGUGGUGUUCGGCUCGCCGCAGGCCAGGCGGCUGAUCCAGCUGUCCAAGGAGGCGCUGGUCUUCCUCUUCCACACCACCCUCGGCUACGGCCUCAUGCUGGCCGUGAUGAUGUACAACGGCUUUGUCUUCCUCACCGUCGUGGGCUCGCUGACGCUGGCCUACUUCUGCCUGGGCCACAUCUCCAUGCGCCUGCACAUGGAGCACGUGCGCGCGCGCCAUCUGACCAUCAGGUGCUCAGAGCGCUGCCCCAGCGAGCCCAGGGCCGCCGAUUCGCCGCACGACAGCACGCCAGGCGCCUCGGGCAGCUGCCACGACGACGGCACGCGCUCCACGUGCUCCGGCAGCCCGUCCAGGAGCAAGAUCCAGGUGGUGGCCGAGGAGAUUGCCAGCCGCAUUUAAUCUAGGACGACGUCUUCUUGGCCAAAAUACAAGACAUCAUGUAUUAUAUUUUACAUUUGAUAUAUAUUCUAUUCGACUGUGGUAAAUUUGCGCGUUUUCA